CACCAGGCACAGGGAGAUGGGCACGUUGCGAGUUUGUGUCUCCCAUGUUUCAGAGAGCUGCUAGAAUCCAGGAGAUGGACCAGUUCCUUUCGUGAACAUCAUCAUCUCAUUCCGCUCAGACCCUCUUCCGAGAUCCCAUUUCAGUUCAGUUCAAGUGGGAAAGGGGGAGUGGAGUUCCAUGCAGACUCAGGCCAGCUGGGUCUUUCACUGCUCAAAUGGUUGAGGAGUGAAGGAAGCUGGGCCUCAAGGCUUUGGGUUGGCGGAUGCUGGGCAGGGGUGGGGGUGUUUGCAGGUAGGGUGAUGGAAAUGUAAUCAAGUGUCCGAUUUAUAUAUUUAACAUUAAUGAUAACAAGGAUAGUUAGCAUUCGUUAAGCAAUUGCCAGGUCUGCACUGGGUCUGUGACACUUUUUAUUCCAUCAUUUGUUCAAAAUUGCCUGAUACAACUGAAAGGGUUAUUGUCAGGUCGGAGGAAGAAAUGAGAGGCCAGAGGGGAAAUAUCCCCUUCACAAGGUCACACAGCAGCUGUGCGGGUGAUGGGACCUCUUGCAGAUUGUGGUACACAGAAAAAUGCUCCCCCCACAAAGAUGUCCACUUCCAAAGUCCCAGAGCUCGUAAAUAUGUUCCAUUACGUGCAAGAGGCUAUUAAAGUUGCAGGUGGAAUCACGGUUGCUACUCAGCUGAUCCUGAGGUGGGGAGAUGAGCCUAGAUUAACCAGGUGGGUUCCACAUAAUCACGAGGAUACUUAUUAAAAGAAGGAGGCAGGAGAGUCAGGGAGAGACGUGAAGAUGAAGGACGGGGCCACGAGUCAAGGAAUACAGGCGUCUCUAGAGGCUGGAAUAAGGCACGGGAACAGAUUCUCCCCAGGAGCCUCCAGAAGGAGGCCCUGCCCAGCGAGACCCAUGUUACACUUCUUGCCUCAAGAGCUGUAAGUCAAUACAUUGGUGUUUUUCUGAGCCACAAAGGCUGUGGUCAUUUGUUAAAACAACCACAGGAAAUUACUACAGCCCUGAGAGCUGAAAGCAGAGCUGGCAUUUGCACUGAUCUUUGAUAUCUACAUCCUAUACUAGUCUGCUGGGACCGCUGCAGAUUGGGUGGCUUAAAAGAAAUCUAUUGUCUUUAGUCCUGGAGCCUGAAAUCAAGGUGUCGGCAAGAUUGCUUUCUCCUGAGGCUUCUCUCCGUGGCUUGCAGACAGCCAGCUGUCUUCUACCUGUGUCUUCGUGUGGUCUACCCUCUGUGCCCGCACACGGAGAAAGAUAGUGGAACUCAUCCUGCUUUCAUAUUCACUGAUAUUCGGACACAGUGACUCUGCUGCAUGAUAACCUCUAUGAGCAUGUUUUCUUCUCUGGGAACGAGGAAGUAUAUGGUCGGACCCCAUCGAGGAGGCCACAUGACACGUGAGCUCCUGAGGCUCGCCUUGGCUCCGACGGUCCCUCAGCCUUUCCUUGUUUUGGUUGAACCUGACCGUGUUCGAGAGGACGGCUCAGUGGGAGAAGCCUUUUAACCCACAUGGAGGCGUCCUUUACAGGGUGAUAUAACAGUAUGAGCGGCCUUCUACUGGAUGUCGCUGUUCAGCCGAGCUCCGUUGGGCCGCCUGUGCGAGCAGCGCGGUACCUGCGCGGGGGGCCGCAGGUGGGAGCCGCCGCCACCGAGGGGGCGCGGGGAGCCCGACUCGCGCUGCCCCGCGCCGACUUCCAGCUCCGCCCGGUGCCCAGCGGUUUCGCGCCCCAAGAACAAGAAUACCAGCAGGCCCUGUUGCUGGUGGUGGCCUUGGCAGGCCUGGGCUUGGGCCUGAGCCUCAUUUUCAUUGCUGUCUACCUCAUCCGCUUCUGCUGCUGCCGGCCCCCAGAGCCGCCCGGGGCCAAGAGCCCUCCGCCGGGGGGAGGCUGCGUCACUUGGAGCUGCAUUGCUGCCCUUCUCGUCGCACUGGCAUUGGCAUCGGUUUCUAUGGCAACAGCGAGACCAGUGAUGGGGUGUCCCAGCUCAGCUCUGCACUGCUGCAUGCCAACCACACACUCACUGCCAUUGACCACCUGCCCUGUCGCCCAAUCCCUGGCCACCCCAGAGAACGCCCUCCCCCGACUCCAGGCCCACCCCUGUGCGCAGGUGUUGGAGAUGGUGGAGAGGUUGGAUGAGGCCGUGAGGACAGAGCUGACCACUCUGGAGGAGGUGCUGACGCAGCGCACGGAGCUGGUGGCGGCCACCCGGGGGGCUCGGCGGCAGGCGGAAGCCGUGGCCCAGCAGCUCCAGGGGCUGGCCUUCUGGCAGGGAGUGCCCCUGAGCCCCGUGCAAGUAGCUGAAGAUGUGUCCUUUGUGGAGGAGUACAGGUGGCUGGCCUACGUUCUCCUGCUGCUCCUGGAGCUGCUGGUCUGCCUCUUCACCCUCCUGGGCCUGGCGAAGCAGAGCAAGUGGCUCGUGAUUGUGAUGACGGUGAUGAGUCUCCUGGUUCUUGUCCUGAGCUGGGGCUCCAUGGGCCUGGAGGCAGCUACGGCCGUGGGCCUCAGCGACUUCUGCUCCAGCCCGGACACCUACAUCCUGAACCUGACCCGGGAGGAGACUGGCCUUGGCUCAGACAUCCUGAACUAUUAUUUCCUCUGCAACCAGGCCGUCUCCAACCCCUUUCAACAGAGGCUGACUCUGUCCCAGCGAGCUCUGGCCAACAUCCACUCCCAGCUGCAGGGGCUGGAGCGAGAAGCUGUCCCCCAGUUCCCUUCUGCUCAGAAGCCUCUGCUGUCCUUGGAGGAGACGCUGAAUGUGACAGAAGGAAACUUCCACCAGUUGGUGGCACUGCUGCACUGUCGUGGCCUGCACAAGGAUUAUGGCGCAGCCCUGCGGGGCCUGUGUGAGGACGCCCUAGAAGGCCUGCUCUACCUGCUGCUCUUCUCCCUCCUGUCUGCGGGGGCCCUGGCCACCGCCCUCUGCAGCCUGCCCCGCGCCUGGGCCCUCUUCCCACCCAGGAAUCCAAGCGCUUCGUGCAGUGGCAGUCAUCUAUCUGAGCCCUUCCUCCAUGCCAGACUGGAGCCUGUUCCCCAUCUCCGUUCCUUCCCCAGCUGCCGGAGAAGACCCCACUAACCCAGCCUCACUGGGCUCCUACCACUAACAAUGCCCUGGCUACGGACACCUUAAACAGGACUGCCUUCCCGCCUGCCCUGCCCCCUCUAUGUGUCCUUAGCCCUGGAAGUAAGCCGAGGGGGUAGGCCAGGGCCCUGAGCUGGCCGGGGAGCGGGCAGACAGCCAGACCCACAGCCUCUCAGCCCUGAAGGGAUGUGAGUGCCCCCGCCCUACCACACCCCAGUGGGCUUAGGGCCCCUGAUCUCCACUUGCGGCACCAACUUGGGAAAGGGUUGAUUUGAAAUAAAAGGGACGACUUUAUUUUACAA